GAGGACUGGACCCCACUGCACUCUGCGUCGAGUUGCGGCCAUACCGCGGUGGUCGCCUCCCUGCUCGCCGCGGGCGCCGAUCCAAACGCCGCCAACUCCGGCGGCCAGGCGCCCAUCCACUACGCCGCGAGCAAAGGCCACCUGGACUGCAUCCGCAAGCUCGUCGCCGCGGGAUGCGACCCGGACGCGGUGGACGGGACCAAAUCCACGCCACUACAUCGCGCGGCGUCGCAGGGCAGGUCGAACGUCAUC